CAUGAACCUCUUCAACUCCCAAGACCAAAGACACUACUCAUCCCAGUCCAAACACAACAAAAAGAGACUAACCCAAGACCAAGUGAGCCUCCUAGAGACCUGCUUCGACUCCAACAAGAAGCUGGAGCCGGAGCGGAAGCUCCGUCUCGCCCGCGAGCUCGGCAUUCCGCCGCGACAAAUCGCCAUCUGGUACCAGAACAAGCGAGCCCGGUGGAAGACUCAGAGCCUAGAGCUCGACUACAACGAGCUCCGGCUCAAUCUUGAAGCGGCAUUGGCCGACAAGAGACGGCUGGAGCGAGACGUCCAACACCUCAGGGGAGAGCUGGAGAAGGCUCGAGAGAUGUUGUUUGGUUUGAACCAAGCAGCAGCAGCAGCAGUAGUGUCACCUCCGGCUGUUUCUUCUCUCUCUAGAUCUCUCUCUAGCUGUGGUGAUCAGGAGAGAUGGAGCUCUAGUAUGCAUGAUCAGGAUCAUCAUCAUGUGAUCAGUUAUUCUACUACUACUACUACUACUAAUUGGGUGAGUGAUGAUCAUGUUGAGGAGUCUUUGAAGAUUGAGGAGCUCUAUGCUUGUUUAAUGGGUAUAAAUGAGUCCUCACACUGUGGUUAAUUAAUUGUGGCACUAAACAUGCCCUUAUCCUUUUAUUUUUAUGUUAUGCAUGUCUCUCUUUAACAAUAUCAAUGAAAAUCUUAGUAAU